CAUGCACACUUUGACAUGUGCGCAACGUCCCGUGAGACAACGGGACACGCGCACGGCCUUGGAGAACAGUAUUACAAGGAUGCCAUGGAGCAGUGCCACAAUUAUAAUGCUCGCCUGUGCGCUGAGCGCAGUGUCCGAAUGCCUUUCUUAGACUCUCAAACAGGGGUGGCUCAAAGCAAUUGCUACAUUUGGAUGGAGAAGAGACAUCGUGGGCCAGGUUCUGCACCAGGGCAACUUUAUACAUAUCCAUCUCGACGCUGGCGCAAAAAGAGAAGGGCACAUCCCCCUGAAGAUCCCAGGCUCUCUUUCCCAUCUCUCAAACCAGACCCCGAACAGAUGUUAAAGAAAGAGGGCUUAAUACCACCAGAUGGCAGUAGCCUUGAAGCUCUUCUGCGUUCAGACCCCAUUGAGAAGAGAAUUAUGCCAGACCCCCGGGAUGAUGACAGCCUUACGGAGUUCCCUCCUCUUUCCAGAAGCGCACGGAAGGUACAGGCCUACGGCGAGCGGCAGCGCUACGUAGCAAAAGGGAUAAUCACGCGUAUCUUGGAGCCUGAUGAUUUCUUAGAUGACUUGGAUGAUGAGGAUUAUGAAGAGGACACGCCAAAAAGACGUGGAAAAGGCAAAGCCAAGGGCAAAGGUAUAGGUGGUGCAAGAAAAAAGUUGGAUGCAGCUGCCCUGGAUGAAAGGGAUAAACCAUACGCUUGUGACAACAGUUACAAACUAAAGCAAACUUCGAAAUUCUCCGAAAGAGUCUGUGGAAAACGCUAUAAAAACAGGCCUGGUUUGAGCUAUCAUUAUGCCCACUCACACCUUGUGGAUGAAGAAGGUGCCGGGGCAGAAGAUAAGGAGGAUUCUCAGCCUCCCACUCCUAUCAUGCAGAGACCAGAGGAACAAAAAUCCAAAAAGGGCCCAGAUGGUCUUGCACUGCCAAACAAUUAUUGUGACUUCUGCCUUGGAGACUCUAAGAUUAACAAGAAAACAAACCAGGCUGAGGAGCUUGUGUCCUGCUCAGACUGCGGCCGCUCUGGGCACCCUUCCUGUUUGCAGUUCACACCCGUAAUGAUGGCGGCAGUUAAGACUUAUCGCUGGCAGUGCAUAGAGUGCAAAUGUUGUAAUAUCUGCGGAACCUCUGAGAAUGACGAUCAGUUGCUGUUCUGUGACGACUGUGACCGUGGUUAUCAUAUGUACUGCCUUUCGCCGCCUAUGGCUGAACCACCUGAAGGAAGUUGGAGUUGUCACCUCUGUCUGGAUCUUCUAAAGGACAAAGCAUCAAUUUACCAGAACCAGUCCUGACAGGUGCCGUUAAAGGCAAACAGGCUGAGGGAAAGAGGAGGACAGUCUCGGCCCCUCGGUCCCAGGUUCUGAGAAGGAUGUAAUGGCGCAGUCCCAUGCUUACCUCUCCAGAGAUGAAGUGUGUGUAUUGGUUUGUAUGUGUGCCUAUGAGCAUGCACAAAUAUUUAUGCACACUUUAGUUCUGUUCUCCUUUUAUUUUUUAAUACCUACAGUAGCCUUGUAUCAUAGAGGAAGAUUGUCACAAACUAGUAAUGUAGUCACCACUGUGCAAAGUAUGGUGGAUUGAACAUUGUUUUGUGGCUGAGUGCUGUUUGAUUCCUUGUGUAGACUCAACAUGGUGCCAAACAGGUACCAUCAUCUUUCUGGAGUAGGCAGAGAUGAUAUUUCUCCUGCUGUUAUCUGCAGUAGUAAUACUGAUUCAGCCAGUGCUCCCUAAUAAUUUGUCCCCACACACUUCCAAUAUUCCUUCAUCAUUCCCUCUAGGGCAGGGAUUGGCAGCUUUGUGUUACUUACUGUAAGCUGUAAGUCUGCCCUAGCUGACAUUCAGCAGCCUGUCUAUCCCUGCACUAGUUGGCCAGAAUAACUAGAGAUUAACACACUGUCAGUUUUCCAGUGUUUCUAUAUUUUAAUAACUUGCUGUAAAAACAGUGGCUUUAGAGAAAUAUAAAAGUGUACUUUAUCUUAGUUAGAACUCUCCUGAUUGGCAGUGUAACGAUAUGUUGCUUUGCUACUGCAGAGGCUUUGGUAGGGCACUUUGCUAUUUUGUGGUUAUUAGCAUUAUGUCUUUAAGAGAACGUAAAGGUGUUUCAUGCUGUAGAAAAGAUACUUCAGUCUCUGGACCUAACACUGCUGCUAUUUUAUGAGACUGAGGUGGCAUUGUAUAAUAAAGACAACUGCUCUUUGAAAUCAGCCUAAUCCUGCUUGUCAAAUACACUGCCAAAAGCAAUGUCAUUGGAGGUGACAUCUUGACACCAGAGACAUGCGAACACCUGAUUGAGAGUGCAUGCAUAAAGGCCAGACAGUCCUGCACCAGAGAACAGAUAUAGCAGGUUUAUUUUUAUUAACAUAUAGCCCUGUUAAACAUCUUUAAACCCACAAAAUGAUUAUGUUUCAGGGACAAGGUUUAGAUCUUAAUCAAAGUAACUUGUGUUUAUUAAGAAAUAACUGUGGUGCCCCAUAGUCCUAUAUUUUGUUUCCCCUUGGCCCCCAGUUAGAAAUCUCAAAAUGAAAAUUUAAUCAUAGCAGAUUUAUCCAUAUUACUUAAUAUGGGAAGGAAGUGGGCCUCAGAGAAUGCGCUCAAAAUCUCUGGAUUUAAGGCAUUGCUCAGGAACUUAUUUGUAGAAGUCAGGAAUAUGAGCAAAUCUAUUUUAAAUCUUUUAAUACUUAACAAAACAUGUUAUGCUUGCUUAGAACAGGGAGCACUCUACAAUUUCAAAAUGUAACUGUUUAGAUGCCUGUGGGGACAUGGACCCCUAAGAUCCCAAUCUCAAAAGGACCCUUCCGUUCUGGGCAUUGUGGAUUCAUAACGGUUUCAAAAAUCCAUGAUAUAACUCCUACCUCCUGACACUGUUGGCCAAAAGCCUCCAGGAUACAGUUGUUUGUGCCAAGAGGCAUGAAAUAGUUGAAGAUGCAAUCCAAUGCAACCAAAAAUGUAAAUGUAAACAAUGCCUUAAGGUAAAAUGAACACCUAACCAUUACUGGACUGUUACAUAUCGUACCCCUAGAACAGCAUCUGUAAAAACUGACUCUCUUGCUUGUCAAUUCCUGAUGCCUUAGGCAAACUAUUCAAACUAUUGCUUCACCACAGAGAAUUUUUACAGAUACUAUAUGGGCGUAUAGGAUAAAUAUGUUUACCUCGUUAUUUUUUAGUUGUCCUUGGAUCAGAGCAUGCUUAGCACUGAGUGCUCUUGUAUAUAAAAUGAAUAGUGUAUCUAUGUGUCUGAUUACCACAAAGUACCUUUCCUUGCCAGAGUGUUAGAGACUAUUUUAUUAACAUGCUGUUAAAUUCACCACUUCUCUCGCUUUACCUCACUUAUUGGGCUACCCGCCCAUGACUUGCGGGCAAAUGAUGGUUCUGUGAUGUUAUGCACAGCUCCUUCGGACAGUGAUAAGGCGGCAAUGUCACCAGCACUUAACCAAUGAUAGAAUCUUAGGCAGAAAGCAGAGUCAUGCCCAGUAGGCAUAUUGGGCUCUUAGUAUAAAAUGAGUCUGUAAAUCUAUUCCAUAUAAAGCAUAUGCUGGUAUUGACAUUAUCUAAGCCUCCGUAUCCCUACAGUCUAAUAUGUGCCUAUUUUACACAGUACAGGUACAACCAUUCUGUAAAGAAAAAUCAUUUUCUAUGAGCUAAUGGUUUUAAAUGUUAGAAAUAAAGGGGUUUACUUAAAGCAGAAUUUUUUUUUAUCAGUCUUAUUUUCUUGCAAUACACCAGGAAGUUUGUAGCAACAAUCAACACCUUGUGUUCCAUACCCCUUAGGCUAAUGGCACAAUAAUGCAUUUUGCCCUCCAGUGGAGAACAAGCCAGUUCAGCCAAUGUCUGGCCCAUUCAUGCAGUAAGUGCCACGAACGGCAUCCGCCUUUCAUUGUAUAAUAAGCCAAAAAUUUGAUCAGAAAGUGCUUGUGUUUUUUGGCUGAAAUCCACCGUAUGUGUGCAGUUACAGAAGGAUGCCAUUCAUGUCAGAUACUGCAAACGCACCAGCAAUGGCCCAUAUGAGUUUUUUCUGCUUAUGGAGAAAAUGCAUUGUGUGCCAUUAGUAUACCAUAUUAUAGAAUUCAAACACAGCGGUUCUAACCAGCAAAAGACUCAAGAUGCAGCACCACAGUUCAGUGAAAUCUGGUGCAAAAAAUAUUGUUACACCAGCCUUGUUAAGUGAUUGUGUAAUUUCUUCCCUUACGCUGCUGUAAGUAAACUUGAACCCUAGAGGGCGCUAGUUCCUUAAUUAUGUGCUCUGAACCCGCGUUUGCUCUGGAAGACUAAAGCUGGCCAUACACGUGUAGAUUUUUUGAAGAUGUUUUCAUUAUAGUACAACCAAGCUUAUCUUAAAAGUGCGACUUGUCUGUCAAUGAAAACGACCAUUUCAAGCAAUAUUGUCUAGUUGAAGCUAGGAAAUCUACCUGCUUGGUCCUGCAAACAAUUGGACCGUGGAUUCAUUUCAUUGAUCAUGACUAACAUUUUUAAACCUGCCAAUGAAAAAUUGAUAGACGUACGAUCGCCGGUGCCCCCUAACCGUAUGAUAAUUUGACGGAUUUGUUGGAUCGCACUGAAAUUGGUCGAUAAGGAGAUAAAAAUAGUUACGUGUAUGGCCAGUUUUAAGAAAUAAUUAAAAAGAAAAAAAAAUGUUACGCCUAUGCAAAUAUCUGUCCUUUGACUAUGGAACCUCUCCCCCCCCCCCCCCCCCAGCAAAACAAAAGGAGAAGACAAAUACAAAAUAGAUUGAAUUAAAAAGGGGGGACUACUUAUUUAACAUCUGUAACCUUUAUAGCAGUUCUCCCUGUCUUGCUUUGGCCUGGCUAUAAAUCCAAACCUUUGACAGGUUAAAAUGUAUAAGUGUUUUUUAUUUGAUCUGGUGUGUUUGGUUGUACACACUUAAACCAAUAGUAAUUAGAAUUUUAAUUUCCUGUCAGCGGUAAGGUCAUUUGAUUUUUUUAGUUUUAUAAUAUAGUAAACCCCAUGCACAGUCAAUCGAUACAGAAAAUUUUAGAUUUAAAGGUACGGAUAUUUUCUUUAUCAGAGAGGCUUAUUUUUAACUCUAGUUGUAAAGCAAUGAUGGCUUACAGAGCUUUCCACUGUUUCUGACCUCCAACACUGAUAUUGCCUUUAUGCAUCUUUCGGGCUAGUUAUAUUUAUUGUCGGUAGAAUGUAUACUUUAAUGUCAGAUGGAUGCUGACCAUAUACUCCUCUUAUACUGCAUUGGCAUGCUGUGUGUAGAUUAACCAGAAGAGGUGGUUUUAUCCGUGCUGUCAGGGAUCCUGCCAGGCCUUUAAAUGUAACAUAUCUAUUACAAGCUGCAAGAAUAUGAAAGUAUUUUGUACCGUUCAACAAAGUGAUAUAUAUAUAUAUAUAUAUACCUUCUUAACAAAUACAUCAGAGUAUGUGAAAUUGUGUUCAUAGGAAUAGUACAUUUGCUUCAUCAUGGUUCAGAAGAGCAUCAAGCUGCACCUGGAGCGCUAUUGUAUGGCAGGUUUAUAGCUGGUCUAGAAGUAAGCAACUGUUAAAGCAUAUGGAUUCAAGUAUCCUAAGUACUGUAAUGGCAUGACUUCCAGCUUGUAAAUAUUACCAAAUAUAUGUAAAGCGCCAACAUGUUUAGUUAUGCUGUGUAUUAAGAUGUAUUGAAUGUUACUGCAUAUGGGUUGUCCUUUAUCCUGUAAUAAAGGGCUUGUGAACUAUUUGUGGGAGGAAUAAACACCUUGGCACCCUUAUCUAGUAUGUGUUGGAAUUAGUAAUAACCGUUUGGGGCUCAUGUAUACUUACAGCAACUGAUUCCCUAUCUAAAGAAGUAGUGCUUAGCUUUAUCCUUCCUGUAGAGACAUUUAUUCUAUACAUUCUAUACACAGGCUAAUUCAGAUAUUCGCACAUGUUCCAUACCUUAACUAAAGCAGUGUGGCAGAUCCAACUUGUGCACUUGGCAUCCUAUUUAGGGGGAAAAGCUGACUCCUACCCAUCCAUAGGGCAUAUACAGUCAUUCUAUAGCAAAUCCACCCUCCCCAAAAAUACUGUUACAUAUUGUUAUUGCUGAAGCCCCAGACAAGUUGUUAAAUAAACCUUUGAAAUAAGUGAAAGUGAAAUUGAGGAGUGCUGUUCUAAGCAAUUAUGCAAUUUAUAUUAUUCUUUUCUAUUCAUUUCAAGAUAUUGAGAGAGAUAGGUACUGUUUAUAUGAAUGUAUUUUGUUGCAGCAUCGGCACUGCUGGUCAGUUUCCCACUUUAAUGUUAUUGAGGGAGGGCCGGUCUGAUGUUCUUCUGGUUAGAAAGAUGUAAAAUAAAGUUGUGAGCUUUUCCUAACCCGAAGGGCAUCAAACCUGCUUGUUUCUUUAUCCUGACGCCUUCCUUGACUACUUCAUGGUUGGAAUAAAAAAAAAUGUGAAUUACAAAAGUGCUUAGAAAAAAGUCUCUAAGUUUACAUCUACUUAUUUAAAAGGUUUACUGUAACAGCAGGUACAGCAGUCCUAUUAUAGUGACUACUUGGUUAAUGUUGGUUGAUUAUCAAUAUUCUGCCCUAGUAUUCUGCUUGGUGUUUUGUGCAAGGGACCAACAGCAUCCGAAGCGCUUGAUGUCUCAGUGGGGCAAAAAGGCCAAACCUCCUUUCAAUAUACUGUCUUGUAUGGGCACACAUGCUUUAGUUCCUUAGCCACACAUGUAUAUGGUGAUAUAAAAGAUACAGAAUGAGAAUAUUUAUCAUGGGAACUGCAGGGUAGCUUGGCUCCUUUUUUUUAUUCUGAGUACUGUAAUAAAACACUAUUAAACAAUAAAGGAUUUUUCACAUCA